AUGUCAGGUGUGUGGGUUUUCAGGAAUGGUGUCCUUCGACUUGUCGAGAACCCUGGUGACUCUCGUAAGGCGUUAGUCCACGUCCCAAGCAAUGAAGUCAUCACAUCCUAUGCUGUCCUCGAAAGAAAGCUAUCAGCCUUAGGUUGGGAGAGGUACCAUGAUGAUCCUGAACUCCUUCAGUUCCAUAAAAGAUCCACGAUUCACCUCAUCUCCCUUCCCAAAGACUUCAGCAAGUUCAAGUCCAUGCACAUGUAUGAUAUUGUCGUCAAGAAUCGCAACGAAUUCGAAGUUAGAGAUAUGUGAUUUUUAGUCUUUAAGUUAUUAGUCACUUGAGUCUAUCUAUAUUCACUUGGUUUUGGGUGUGGUAAUCUUAGUUUGCUUUCGUUUUCUCUUGGGUGUGGUAAUCUU